GACACGGUUAACCCGGAAGUAAGAGGUCAAAAUCUAGUUUGUUAACUUUCAUUUUACAAAUGUUAGUUCGUGGCAUAUUAAAAUGGCACGCAUACAAAUUGCAAACAUUAUCAGUGAGCCUGCAUUACAAUUUUUGCUUACAAAUGCAGAGGACAAUCUAGAUAUGAAGCGUGGAGCAUUAGCAAACGUGUUUACAUAUUCUAAUUUGGUGCAUGCCAUAGCUGGAGCAGUGGGAAGUGUAGUUGGCCUGACAGUGUUUUUCCCUCUUGAUACAGCAAGAACAAGACUUCAAGUUGAUGAGAAAAGGAAAGCAGAAUAUUCAUUUGCUGUUAUAUUAGAUAUAAUAAAGCAAGAAGGAUUCUUUUCCUUGUAUAGAGGUCUAAUACCAGUGAUUUCAUCCCUCUGUUGCUCAAACUUUGUUUACUUCUACACUUACAACUGUAUGAAAACUGUCUUCAUUGGAGAAGGUGUCAAACCAGACCCAUUUAAAGACCUUACUUUUGCAUUUGUGUCAGGUGUUGUUAACGUACUGGUAACUACACCACUGUGGGUUGUGAACACUCGUCUCAAGCUCCAAGGAAUCAAAUUUGAGACAGAUGAAUACAGGGGAGAUAAACAAGUCAGAUAUAGUGGUAUACUAGACUGUUUGUUAAAGAUAGUGAAGACUGAAGGUAUAUUGAGUCUCUGGGCUGGUGUCAAACCUUCAGUGAUACUUGCCAGUAAUCCAGCCAUUCAGUUCAUGGUGUACGAAACAAUCAAACGUUACUUCCAGAAAACUCUACAUCAAACUGAGUUGAGUGGAUUUCUAUAUUUUAUAAUUGGUGCCAUUGCAAAGACUGUUGCGACAAUAAUCACAUACCCCUUGCAGAUACUACAAUCUAGACAGAGGGCUGGGUACAACAAAGAGAGCCAAAGGAAGAGUAUGCGGGAAGCUUUCAAGGAUAUCUUAAGACAAUACGGGUUCGCGGGCUUGUACAAAGGAUUAGAAGCUAAAUUACUACAGACAGUGCUCACGGCAGCUCUCAUGUUUCUGGUAUAUGAGAAGAUCGCAUUCGCAACCUUUAGACUCAUGGGGCAGGAGUAUUCCAAGACGUCCUAGUGCUUGGUUGUGACCUAUGAAUUACAUUCCAACCUGGAUUACUUUUCUCGGAGGAAGAGCCAAUUUAAGGAGUAUAACAGCGUUACGAUUGUUUAUGACACAUUAUUACAGCGGCGGAAUAAUUUUCUAGUGAUAACUGAAAGUGCGACCCUUUACUUUUUACUCAUUUACAAUCAAAACAGUUGUUUUUUUUCAUUUCAGACAAGUUUAAAUAUACUAUGACUCCAUUUUAACCUCGUGUUUAUAAGAGAUUUGUUUUAUGUAGUAACAAAACAUGCAUAAUGUAUGUAUAUUAUCAGAUAUAUUUUUACAUAUUUUUAAAAUUAUUUUUAUGAUAUUAGAAUGGAGUGAGUAUAUAUGUAUGAUAUAUUUGUAUCAGAGAAUAUAAAAAAUGUA